AUGAUUCAUAAAACUUGGUCGUUCAUACAUUACGAUCACUUGCAAUUUGCUGCGGAGAAUCGUGAAAGAGAGGUCAUCCAUGUUUACGAUUUAUCCUUCUUCCUCUUCACUACCGGUCUCGGAUCGAUCCCAGAAGGUGCCAGUCGUUUAUUAGCUGCUGUAUUUUGCUCUUUAUUCGCCCAAUCGCUUUGUUUACUCGCUCUACAAUUUGUUUAUCGUUACGUACAGGUUGUCAGACCUUCUGCUCGAUUCCUGUUUGACGAGAAAAGCUACCUCCCGAUUGCUUUGUACGUCAUCACCGCUUUUGAUUAUGGUGCUGUUUGUUUCUUCAACUUUGCUCCAUCUCCAGUGAAAGACGUCUAUUUUUCUGAGCAGAUGUGGUAUUCAUACCAAUUGAACGUCACCGAUAUUGGCUAUCUUGGACCGAUAUAUGUGGUGAGGAUCGUCCAUACACCUACAGAACUUAUUUAG